UGCUGGAGUUGCGACCGAGCCCUGACGCGUCCCCGGCUUCUGGUUGGUUAGUGAAAAAAUCAAGCCCAUCAAGAACGACAACAUCAGCAGAGCAACAACAAAAGCAAUGCGUUGGUGGGCGCUGGUUCUUUUGUUCGCUAUUGUGGUAGCUCAAGAACGAAAACAAGAUGGAGGCAAUGACGUCACCAAAGUUCCAGUAGCACCACUGCAGAAACAAGAUGGAGGCAAUGACGUCACCAAAAUUCCAGCGGCAUCACUGCAGCACCAAGAUGGCGGCGAUUACGUCACUAAAGUUCCAGCGGCACCACUGCAGAAACAAGAUGGCGGCGGUGACGUCACCAAAAUUUCAGCGGCAUCACUGCAGAAACAAGAUGGCGUCAAUAACGUCACCAAAGCUCCAGCGGCACCACUGCAGAAACAAGAUGGCGGCAAUGACGUCACAAGGUCUAGAGAGCCCCAGAAAAGAGAAGAUAUUGGUUCGUCUGAUGCUGAAGUGAUGACAUCACGAGGAAGUACGAAUGGCAUUAGUGUGAAGAAAUACGAACAGGAUGUGAAUAAACCGAAGACCAACGAUGACGACAGCCAAGCCAAGUUCUUCUUCUUCGCUUCGAGCAGCACGACAACAAAGUUUAAACUUUCUUUUAUAACUUCUACAACUCCUUACACCUGCGUGUCAACUGCUGCAGCAGCCACCUGCAUAGGCCGACGUCGACGCGCUAUGGCCCUUCAUGGCAUGAAAUUCGACGUCGGGACGAAUUCGAAAGACGUGCACAGUUCCCUCGACGAGGCCGACAUUGAAGAAGUCGACGACCAGUCACGACAAGAAAGUCCUCGCAAGUUCCUGACGGUGUGGACGACGAGCUUUUCGACGAAGACGGUGACGUCGUACGUCACAGACAGAGGCGUGACUGUUUCUGUCUCGGCGUAUUGCACUUUUGCGGGUGGGAGCGGAAUUCCCGGCUGUGCUGGGUAACUGGGUUGCAGGGCUGCACGAGUAUCUAGAUGGCGCCGAGGUAACUGGGUUGCAGGGCUGCACUAGCAUCUAGAUGGCGCUGAGGUAACUGGGUUGCAGGGCUGCACUAGCAUCUAGAUGGUGCUGAGGUAACUGGGUUGCAAGGAAGAAAGAGCCUGUUAUUGGGGUUCGGGUGGGGUUGUACACGAGAUUUUUAAAAUCUUAUGGAUGAAACUUGUUGUAUUGCAGACGUUUAGGUUUAGCUGCUGAAGUGAGGUCUAUUUUCGACAAGGUUGCUUAAUAGUGGCCUUAAAAUGAUCUCGUCUUCCGACGGUGUUAAGUUUGCAGGGCUGCACUAGUAUCUAGAUGGUGUCCUUAAUUGUAACCCUUUGAAGCAAUUUGUUUGGUUCGUGUCCAUACAAAUCAGGCUGAAAUGAAAUGGGAAAUCGGAAUCUAAU